AUGGCUGCGAGAGUGCUGCUGCGACGGCGUGUCGCUGCGCCUUUCAUGGCUGCGACUCUUGCCGGAGGAGCUUUAUUUCCCUCGGUUGCGCUGGCUGAAGCACCCUCACACGACCACUCUUCUAAGAAACCUAUAUACGACGACUACGAGACCUUCCUCUCCCAGAAAGCCACCAAUACGCCAGUCCCAUCACCAGCCUCAGAUACUAUAUCAGAAGCGUCCUUCUCAUCGUCAACGACAUUAGUCGAACAUUCAGAGCAAAAACAUCACAGUCCGACGCCGACCGACCGGUUAGCCGUAGAGGUCGGCAAAGCCCGUCUAUUCCUAUACCGAUAUGCUACAGCUACGGAGGAUGCCGUAAACGGCGCCAUCGACUCGGCAUUCCACCUGGAACAGUCCUUCACCGAGACUAUCGCAUCGCUGGCGCCGGCGCGGGAGACUGGCGAGAAAUUGAUGCCGGGACUAGUAUACGUGCUUGUGGCAUCCAUGACGGGUAGCAUCAUCACAAGGAACCGCAAUAUCAUCCUGCGGGCCUCGCUACCCCUAGCCUUCGGCGUCGGCGCCGGCUGGUUGCUUCUCCCCGUUACCAUGACAAACGUGUCAGACCUGCUAUGGCGCUACGAGCGCCGAUUCCCCGCCGUAGCCGAUGCCCAUCUCAAGACGAGACAAGGCAUCCAAGACGCCUGGCGCUUCGCCAGAGUCCACGUCGACGUCGGGAAGAACUACGUCGAUGAGAAGGUGGGCAACACCCGCGAUAUUGUCGAGAGCUGGGUAAAGCAGGGUAAAUAG